AUGAGCGAGAGCAGCGAUUCCGACAUUAUCUUCAGAAAAAGGCCAGCCAGCAGAAAAAUUCACAGGCCGUCAGAUGAAUUCACUAGUUCUGAGAUUGUUGACCAUUCUGAAAUAGUCGAGGGUGAUUUCGAGCCUCUCUUCUUUGAGAUCUUUGGAAAUGGUGAUGAAUACAGCUACAUCUACAAAAAGAAAAAUGGCAAUGAAGAACAGGAAAAUACAAGAGACAGGUGUGAGAUCAGCGUUUCGGAAUGCUAUGCUUAUGUUCAGGGGUUCUUGAGGGGAUUUAACUCCCUGUUCAAGGAACUCGACAGCAAAAUAGUUGAGGAGCUUAUAGAAGGGUAUUCCCCGGAAUAUCUUUCCUUUCAUCUAGGUAAAAUGACAGUUAAGGAGUUAUACUUUGUUAAAGACUUGAUCGAUGAAUUUAAGGAGGAAACAUCCAAAGUACAGAUAAAGCAUGUUGUUGCGAGCGAAUCCAGAAUACAGGGGCUCAUUACGUGCUCUGAAUUUGUAGUAAACAUGGAAAGCUUUGAGUCCGUGUUCCAUCCGCAGGGCAAUAUUGAUGUUCCGUUUGAUGUAGGCAUAUCUACUAAGGAUGGUUUUGACAAUGGAUGGGACUACGAUGAGAUUCAAGGGUUGGAGAUCGAGAAGCCAGCACCCACUCUUGAUGAUACUGACAAAGACAUAGUUUCAAAACACUUCAAAAAAACAAUAUCUCAAAUUGCAUCGAAUCCCAUUUUUCUAAAAAGAGUUGUGUAUUCUACAAUAAUCAGUGUUCUAGAGCCUAGCUUUUGUGAAAACUCUGUUCAUUCUCUGGGCUUUCUCCAAAAACUGUAUUGCAGCGGACAAAAUGAUAUGAACGAUCAACUUAGAAAAACUAUUGUUCAGAAGGCAUAUGAGGCAGUAGCUGUGGAUAAGUCUAUCAUUGAGCGUAGGCUGGUAGACCAGGGCAUGAUUGAGGGUCCUAACGGUCUGCAGGAACUCGUUGACCUAAUUAUUUCCCUAAGGGGUCGGCCAGGAUCAUAUGCGGGCGUAUAUCUUGAUAAAACAUUGUUCUCCGUGGUUAGAAUUGAUGGCUCUGGUAACUUUGUUGCAUCAAGCAUAUUCAAGGAGCAUGAACUAUCUGAAUUGCAUGCUUUUCUCUCAGACGUAGACAAUGUUUGUUUGACUUCAACUAGUCCAAGUGUCAAAUUUGCACUACAAAAUGCUGGUAUUAACUUUUUUUAUGUUCCAAGAAAACUAAGCUUCUUUGAUGACUAUAAGGAACUAUCAAUUCCAUACAACAUUGCACUUGUCGUCCAAAAUCCACUUCUAUACUUUGCAAGACUCUUGUAUAAUCUUUCAAAUGGCUACCCUGUUUGCAACUACCGCUUUGUUGAUCCAGGUUUGCUAGAAAGAGGCAUAUCCAUUGCCUGUGCUGUCUGUAAGCUUGACUGGAUAUCCACGCUUUCACACAAGUUUGGGUUUAUAUUAUUUAAGCUACUUAAAAUUGAUAUUUCCGAUCCUUAUUUCAAUUUUGAAAGGCUUGAUGCUCUCGAAAGCCUGAAGCAUGUAUUUGAUAAUGUAAAAUGCAGCAAUGCAUGUACUUAUUUCAAUCUUCUUUCUUCAGAAAACCCAUUAGACAAAACACUCAUCCAUCCUGUCAACUACUCUAUGGCCAUUAUUCUAUUUAAAAGCGCCUAUCAUUCGCUUUUAAGUGCCCAACACGAUUCAAUUAUGAAUCGGAUGCACUUAGACUUGGAAAAAGAUGAAAGCAAGAUCAUUGAAUUGUUCGUCAAUCAGCCCGAGCUCCUUGCCUCAUACUCUACUAUUGGCAUGGAUGGAGACAAGGAUAUGCAGACACUUGCUGAUCUAAAACAGAUAAUGCUGAGGGAGGAUGAGGUGUAUUUUGCAGGAGCAUCUGAUGCCCAGGUUUUCGAUGAUGUUGUCCCACAUUUAGAGCAGAAUCAGACAUACUCUGGCACAGUUACGAAAGUAGGAAAUAGCUUUUAUCUGUGCCAAGUAUCGAAUGCAACAGUCUAUAUCCGGAAGAGUUCAGAAUUGGCGCUCAAUCAAAUAGUGAAAGUUGAGAUUACCGGCAGUAAUCCGCCAGCAUUGAGCUAUUCUGGCAAUGUUGUUGAAGAAGAAGGUUUCAAAGUCGAUAAGUUCAGGUCCCAUUCCUUAUUUAGGAACAUGCCAUAUGAUGCUCUUGAAAAACACAUGAGAGAAUCAAACAAAAGCCUUGCUAUCCGCCCAUCUUCAACACCAAGCUGCUGCUGUGUGGUUUGCAAAAUUGAAGACGAUCUAUUCUUUACAUAUAAACUGAAAGAGACUAUUAAAUCUGAGGAUGGAUUCAAAAUCUCGUAUGAAUUUAAGAAUAGAUAUUACUCGUCGAUAGAUGCCUUUAUUGACGACUACAUUAAGAAAACGUACAAUAUGAUCGGCAGCAUCGUUUCAUUCAAGUACUACUUUGCAGAUCCCGCUCAAGCACAGAGACACAUUGAAGAGCCAGGAGAAUUUGUUAAAUAUUCAAUUGUCCUUUCAAGAAAGGUUCCCGGAUGUCUUGAGUUCUUGCUAAGUGGAAAGCAUGUUUUUUCUAAAAUUGAUGGUGACAGGCUAAUUUUAAAGGAGCACUCAUUUGAAACACUUGACGACCUUAUUAGAUUUAUUAAGACACACAUCAAAAGUUUAUAG